AUGGGCGCUUCGCGCCGCAGCCUCUGCGCGCUCCUGCUGCUGCUCCAGGCUUCGGCGUGGCUCUGUGAGGAGCCGCAGCCCUGCCACCCCGGCUUUGGCGCCGAGAGCUAUACGUUCACGGUUACGCGCAGGCACCUGGAGAGAGGCCGCGUCCUUGGCCGAGUGAGUUUUGAAGCAUGUACUGGCCGACCAAGAACAGUCUAUUAUGCUGAUGACACCCGAUUCAGAGUGGGCCCAGAUGGUGUGGUUACAGUCACACGGCCACUCCAACUUCAUACGCCAGAGACCAGCUUUCAUGUCCAGGCCUGGGACUCCUCCCAUAAAAAGUUUUCCGCCAAAGUGACGCUGAAGACUGCUGAACGCCACCGGCACCGCCGCCAUCACCACCAUCAGCAUCAUGUCUCUUUCUCUGGACCUCAGACAGAAGAGAUCGUGUUCCCCAACUUCCACCGUGGGGGCCUCCGACGACAGAAGAGAGACUGGGUUAUUCCACCUAUCAAUUGCCCAGAAAAUGAAAAGGGCCCAUUUCCUAAAAACGUGGUUCGGAUCAGAUCCAGCAGGGAAAAAGAAAUUGAGGUUUUCUACAGCAUCACUGGUCAAGGAGCUGACAGACCUCCUGUUGGUGUGUUUAUAAUUGAAAGAAAAUCUGGAUGGCUGAUGGUGACACAGCCUCUGGAUAGAGAAGAAAUUUCAAAUUACACUCUCCUGUCUCACGCGGUGUCUUCAAAUGGAGAGGCAGUUGAAGACCCAAUGGAGAUCGUGAUUACCGUGACAGAUCAGAACGACAAUAAACCUAUAUUCACCAAGGAGGUCUUUGAAGGGUCUGUCAUGGAAAACGCAGUACCAGGAACCUCUGUGAUGCAAGUCACAGCCACAGAUGCAGAUGACGAUGUGAACACCUACAAUGCUGCCAUCUAUUACACUAUCGACAGCCAGGAGCCUGCACUGCCUCAUGACAAAAUGUUCAGCAUCAACCGGGACACAGGAGUUAUUGGUGUGAUCGCUACUGGGCUGGACCGAGAGAGUGUCCCCCAGUAUACCCUAGUGGUUAGAGCUACUGAUCUUCAAGGGACUGGUUUAAGCACUACAGCAACUGCUGUGAUCACAAUCACUGACACCAACGACAACGCGCCCGUCUUCGAUCCAACCCUGUACGAAGGUAUGGUUCAUGAGAAUGAGGUCGAUGCUGAAAUCACCAGGCUACACGUGACUGAUGCUGAUGUGCCCAACACUCCAGCAUGGGAGGCCAAAUACUUCAUCUUAAAUGAUAAUGAGAAGCAAUUUGUUGUCAUCACAGAUCCAGUCACAAAUGAUGGCAUUUUAAAAACAGCUAAGGGCUUGGAUUUUGAGACCAAGGACCAGUACGUUCUGUAUGUGGCCGUGGAGAAUGUGGUCCCUUUUUCAGUCAUUUUGAGCACCUCCACCGCCACAGUGACUGUGGACGUGAUAGAUGUGAAUGAAGCUCCCAUAUUCAUACCUCCUGUGAAGAGAGUGGAAGUACCUGAAGACUUUGGCGUAGGCCAGGAAAUCACAUCCUACAUCGCCCAGGAUCCAGACAAGUUUAUGGAGCAGAAGAUAACGUAUCGGAUUUGGAGGGACACUGCUAACUGGUUGGAGAUUAAUCCUGAUACUGGGACCAUUUUUACUCGGGCUGAGUUGGACAGAGAAAACUUAGAACAUGUGAAGAACAGCACGUACACUGCUAUCAUUAUAGCGACUGACGAUGGUUCUCCACUUGCUACUGGUACAGGAACCCUUCUCCUGACCCUCUCUGAUGUAAAUGACAACGGCCCUGUACCAGAACCUCGGAAUAUGGAUUUCUGCCAGAGAGAUCCACAGCCUCAUACAAUAAACAUCAUUGAUCCAGAUCUUCCCCCUAAUACUUCUCCCUUCACAGCAGAACUAACACAUGGGGCAAGUGUCAACUGGUCCAUUGAAUACAAAGAUUCAGCCCGUGAAUCCCUCCUUUUGAUGCCAAAGAUUCAUUUAGAGCUGGGUGACUACAAAAUCAACCUGAAGCUAACUGAUAACCAGAACAAAGACCAGGUGACCACUUUAGAUGUCCUUGUGUGUGACUGUGAAGGAGCCACCGGGGGCACCAACAGCUGUAGGAGGAGUGGGCCCCUUGCACAAGCAGGACUGGAAGUUCCUGCUAUUCUGGGAAUUCUUGGAGGAAUCCUUGCUUUUCUUAUCCUGAUUCUGCUGCUCCUGCUGCUUGUUCGGAGGAGAAAAGUGGUCAAGGAGCCGUUACUGACCCCAGAAGAUGAUACUCGGGACAAUGUUUAUUACUAUGAUGAAGAAGGAGGUGGAGAAGAAGACCAGGACUUUGAUUUGAGCCAGUUGCACAGGGGACUGGAUGCUCGACCUGAAGUGACUCGUAAUGAUGUGGCACCAACCCUCAUGAGUGUACCCCAGUAUCGCCCCCGUCCUGCCAAUCCUGAUGAAAUUGGAAAUUUCAUUGAUGAAAACCUAAAGGCAGCUGACAGUGAUCCCACUGCUCCACCUUACGACUCUCUGCUCGUGUUUGAUUAUGAAGGAAGUGGUUCUGAAGCAGCCAGCCUGAGCUCCCUCAACUCUUCGGAGUCAGACAAAGACCAAGACUAUGACUACUUGAAUGAAUGGGGCAAUCGAUUCAAAAAGCUGGCAGAUAUGUACGGAGGUGGUGAAGACGACUAG